UACUCGCCCUCCGCACAACGCGACGUCGCCAAUGUCUACGAUACAACAGCAGGAGGUUUUGAUGCUGAGGUUGGCUUGUCUGAGAGACUUGGAGGUGUGAUAAGAGCACGGAAACAAAUGUCUGCCAUGGUCAAGGGGCAUGUGUUGGAGGUCAGCUGCGGCACUGCGAGGAAUUUGGGCUACUAUGGCUUCGACAAGAUCAAGAGCUUGACUCUGAUUGACCUCAGCCCUCAGAUGGUCGAAGAGGCACGCAAGAAAUGGAACAUCUUGGACCCAGGCAAGGUUGCUGAGGAUGUGCCCAUCAGGUUCCUUCAAGGCGAUUGCAUAGGUGACAUGCCUGAACCACCAACGACUCAGGGGGACACGAAGAAGAGCGGCACUACCUUCACACCAGGCCUUACCAAGGGCUACGACACAAUAGUACAAACCAUGGGUCUCUGUAGCACAGCACAGCCAGUCGAGCUGCUCAAGAACUUGUCAAAACACCUGGACCACUCCAACCCGGACGCCAGGAUUCUACUCCUUGAACAUGGUCGCAGCUAUGUCGGUUGGUUAAACAAGCUCUUGGAUAUGUACGCACCCCAGCACGCUGAUAAGCACGGCUGCUGGUGGAAUAGAGACAUUGGCCAACUCAUCGAAGAGAGCGGCCUCGAGGUCGUCAAAGAACGUAGGAAACAGUUUGGAACUGUUUGGAUCUUUGAGCUGAAACCG